AUGUCUCAACUCCUCCCACUCCCUUCCUCCCUCCGCCCACACCUAGACAAACCCUUCCAUCUCACUCCUACUCUCAUCUCCUACUCUCCUCACUCUCUUCUGGGUAAGGAACACACUAGCACCACAGACACAUGGAGCACUCACCUCCACCCUUCUCCCUCCCCACAUCACUAACAACCUCCAUCUACGACUACAUCCUCACUCACGCUCACACACUCCUUCACCCACCACCACUCACUCACUACACUCACUCACUCACUCACCAUCACCACUCACCAUCACUCACUCACUCCCACUCACUCACUCACAUCACCACCACACACCACCACCACCACACACACACACACACCACACCCACACAACACACACACACCACACACACACACACACACUCACUCACUCACUCACUCACUACCGUAUGUUGUUUAUGUCUCUUUAUCUUAGGCUUUGCUGACCAACAGACGUGGGAGAGGAGGGGCGAGAGGGGGGAGGACGAGGGAGAGAUGGUGACGAAGGAGGAGGGAGAGGGGGAUACGUGGGAGAGGAGGGAGGAGGAGGGAGAGAGGGAUACGAGGGAGGAGGGAGAGAGGGAUACGUGGGAGAGGAUGGAGGAGGGAGCGAGAGAGACUAGGGAGAGGAGGGAGGUGGGAGACAGGGAGAUGGGGGAGAGGAGGGAGGAGGGAGAGAGGGAGAUUGGGGAGACAGAUCUAUACCUGAGGAUUCUGGGAGGCUUUGUCGUCCUGGUAACGACAGAAGGAGACAUGAUCUACCUGUCAGAUAACAUCAGAGAAUACAUGGGCCUAACUCAGGUACUUACACACACAGACACACACACACACACACACACACACACACACACACACACACACACACACACACACACAGACACACACACACACACACACACACACACACACACACAGACACACACACACACACACACACACACACAUAAACUGAGUGAUUUAUAUAUGAAUGUUUUUCUCCAGGUGGAGUUGAUGGGGCAUAGCAUAUAUGAUUUCACACACCCCUGUGACCAUAAGGACAUCAGAGACAACCUUGACAUCACUGGAGGUGUGUAAACAGAUGUAGGAUCUUAAUUUGAUCACUCUUUUGUUGCUGAGAAUUGUCCUGCACAGCAGGAAAUGCAAACUUGUAGUGUAUUUGAGGUGUAAAAACAUUUCUAAAGUUAGUAAUUUCCAUUUUAAAAUGUCAGACUUAAUUUGCCCUAACGAAAAAUGUAUCAACCCCUAAAAAAAAUUGCCAUUAAUUAGAAUCAACAUCAUCAUUCAAAUGUCCUGUUUCUGCAUGAUUAUUUUCCUUCUGUAGGAAAAUGGCUCAAAUUAAGAUCCUACAUCUGUACAUGUAUGUGUGUUAGGGGUGUGUUCUGCUUUUAUUAACUGGGUAUGAGAAGUUUUACAAAAAUAUUUCGGCCCAAAAGUGGCUGAAAGUCCUGACAUGAUUCUGAAAUGGUUGUGUGAUAGUUGUGAAAUGUUUGUGUGAUAGUUGUGAAAUGGUUGUGUGAUAGUUGUGAGAUGGUUGUGUGAUAGUUUUGAGAUGGUUGUGUGAUAGUUGUGAAAUGGUUGUGUGAUAGUUGUGAAAUGGUUGUGCGAUUGUUGUGAGAUGGUUGUGUGAUAGUUGUGAAAUGGUUGUGUGAUAGUUAUGAAAUUGUUGUGUGAUAGUUGUGAGAUAGUUGUGUGAUAGUUGUGAAAUGGUUGUGUGAUAGUUGUGAAAUGGCUGUGUGAUAGUUGUGAAAUGGUUGUGUGAUAGUUGUGAAAUGGCUGUGUGAUUGUUGUGAGAUGGUUGUGUGAUAGUUGUGAAAUGGUUGUGUGAUAGCUGUGAAAUGGUUGUGUGAUUGUUGUGAGAUGGUUGUGUGAUAGUUGUGAGAUGGUUGAUAGUUGUGAGAUGGUUGUGUGAUAGCUGUGAAAUUGUUGUGUGAUAGUUGUGAGAUGGUUAUGUGAUAGCUGUGAAAUGGUUGUGUGAUAGCUGUGAAAUGGUUGUGUGAUAGUUGUGUGAUGGUUGUGAGAUAGUUGUGAGAUGGUUGUGUGAUAGAUUAGAUUUUAGAUUUUAGUCAUUUUAGUCAUUUAGCAGACGCUCUUAUCCAGAGCGACUUACAGUUAGUGAGUGCAUUUUUCAUAGUUGUGAAAUGGUAGUGUGAUGGGUGUGUGAUAGUUGUGAGAUGGUUGAUAGUUGUGAGAUGGUUGUGUGAUGGGUGUGUGAUAGUUGUGUGAUGGUUGUAUUAUGUUUGUUUGUAGUUCCAGGGCGGAGCAGGUGUGGAGGACAGAGAGACUUUCUGA